AGUAUUGUUGAAGUCGGGGCAGCAAGGUGGAAAGGUGACCGGUGCAUCAGUCGGAUGACAACAUGCGGGGACUGACGGGCAGCAGCUGGAGGAAGUUUGGACAUGCUGGCAGGGGGACAUACGAGUGGUUAACCAGCGAACCAAGCCUACCUCUUCUGGAAACCCAGCUGCAGGGCACCCAGAAGAUAAGCUCCACCAAGGAAGAUGUGGAGCCCUUCCUGUGCAUCCUUCUUCCAGCCACCGUCCUGCUCUUCUUGGCCUUCCUGCUGCUUUUCCUGUACCGCCACUGCAAGGCCCCACGGCCCCAGGCGCAGGUUUUCAGCGUAGACCUCGCAGAGCACCCAGCCCCCGGGGAGGUGACCGACUUGCGGCCAGGCUUCCCCUGGAGCAGGGAGCCCACCUUCACGUACUCCCCUCUGCCCCGGCAGGCGGCGCUCCUCCCCGCCUGUUUACCGCCCUCCUAUGAGGAGGCCACCAGGCAGGCCCCUGGUGCCGGGGCUCCUGCCGCAGGCCCUCCGUGUGGAGAGGCUCCGCCUGGACUGAAUGAGCGAAUGUAA